AUUUCAUCUAUCUUUGAUCCACAGGAGACUUCUUAUCCCGUGAGACAAUCUUACAUUCGUUCUUUGCGCGUUGUACAUUACUUGUUGUGUAUAUCUUUUUGCAGCAUUUGAUAGCCAGACCGGCUAUCAUCCAUUCGCUAUCCUCCAUUCUGGCGCUGCAUACUCUCCACCCCUUUGCGGACUCCGGCCCAAAGCGAGCAACUUCCCCGAGAGGCAUUGAGUCCAGCGCGAUUUAGAGACUUCUUAUCUCUCCUGGCCAUCACGGAAUCCCCCAGCGGUUGACAUCACGGAUUUUGCAAUCGGGAUUUGUCCAGAAUAAGGCGUGUUGGACCGAAUCUACGUUGUGCUGCAGCGAUUGGAGUGCAUCAUGGCGGUGGCCGGCCUUGCGCGCAACGCGGCGAUGGUCCGCUGCGGUGCUGGUUCGGGGGUGGUGAUGAGAUCUACGUGCCCCUCCUCCGGUGUGUCAUUAUGGCCCACCGCCACCUUCCCACAGCAGCACGCGAGCAUAGCAGCGACCAACAGCUUCCAACCAACACGCGUCUUCUCUGCCUUGACCGCUCCACUCUCGAACUCAUAUUCCACAUCCUCGUCCUCACUCUCUCCACGACAACACCCCAUCCCCAUCCCCACCAACACUCAAGCAAUCUCUCUUCAAUCGAGAUUGCUUUGGCGCAAAGCGAGACUUCUACAACCCUCAAAGAGACACUGCUCACAUCGACGAGCUAUGUGUAAACGCGAGGUCGACGUCGAGGGCACGAGCGUGAACAUCAGCGCUGCUCGUGAGGUCCUGCCUACCAACGUCAAGCCUCUGCACUACGAUGUCACCCUCGAGCCCAACUUCGAGACAUUCAAAUAUGAGGGUACCGUCAUCAUUGACCUCGACGUCGUCGAGGACACCACCUCCAUCUCACUAAACACCCUCGACAUCGAGAUUCACGAGACCAAGGUGUUGUCCGGCUCCAAUGUCAUCACUUCGUCGCCAAAGGUGUCCUUCAAUGAGGACACUCAAACCACCAAGGUCGAGUUCGAUCAGAAGAUCUCCGCUGGUUCAAAGGCGCAACUCGUGCAGAAAUUCACGGGUACGCUCAACAACAACAUGGUGGGAUUCUACCGAUCAUCGUACAAGGGAGAGAACGGCGAAGACAAGUACAUUGCCACAACACAGAUGGAACCUACCGACUGCAGAAGAGCAUUUCCGUGUUUCGAUGAACCUGCGCUCAAGGCGACCUUCACCAUCACCCUCGUCGCUGAAGACAAGAUGACGUGCUUGAGCAACAUGGACGAGGCGGGAACUAAGCAAGUGGACACUGCAGGCGGAAAGAAGAAGGCCGUGACCUUCAACAAGACCCCUCUCAUGUCGACCUAUCUGGUUGCCUUCAUUGUGGGUGAGCUCAAGGUACACGAGAACAACGACUUUCGCAUUCCCGUUCGAGUAUACUGCACACCUGACCAAGACAUUGCCCACGGAAAGUUCUCUGCCGACCUUGCCGCGAAGACUCUGGCAUUCUACGAGAAGGAGUUCAACAGCCCAUUCCCUCUGCCAAAGAUGGACCAGGUCGCUAUUCCCGAUUUUUCUGCAGGCGCCAUGGAGAACUGGGGUCUGGUUACUUACCGUGUGGUCGACCUGCUGUUGGACGAGAACAACGUGAGUGCUUCGACCAAACAGCGUGUAGCAGAGGUUGUUCAGCACGAGUUGGCACAUCAAUGGUUUGGUAACUUGGUCACAAUGGACUGGUGGGAAGGUCUGUGGUUGAAUGAGGGUUUCGCGACCUGGAUGUCAUGGUACUCUGCCGAGCGCUUCUACCCCGACUGGAAGGUGUGGGAGGGUUAUGUCACCGACAACCUGCAAUCUGCGCUUGGUUUGGACUCGCUCCGAAGCUCUCACCCGAUCGAGGUCCCAGUGAAGCGCGCAGACGAGAUCAACCAGAUCUUUGACGCCAUCUCAUACUCCAAGGGUUCUUGUGUCAUUCGCAUGAUCUCGAAAUACCUCGGCGAGGAGACCUUCAUGAAGGGCAUCCAAAAUUAUCUCAAGAAACAUGCCUAUGGAAACACGCGCACUGAGGACCUCUGGGCUGCUCUGACUGACGCUAGCGGCAAAGACGUGGAACGUGUGGCAGACAUCUGGACCAAGUACGUCGGUCAUCCUGUGGUCAGCGUUUCAGAAGACGCAAGCAACAGCACCAUCACCGUCAAGCAGAACCGAUUCUUGCGAACUGCCGACGUCAAGCCUGAAGAGGACCAGACCUUGUAUCCGGUCAUCCUGGGUCUCCGCACCAAGGACGGUAUCAAUGACGAUCUUCGACUUGACCAGCGUGAGCACUCGUUCAAGGUCCCGGACUUGAACUUUUUCAAGCUCAACGCCGACCACUCUGGUAUCUACCGCACAUCAUACACCCCUGAACGUCUACAAAAGCUUGGAGAGAACGCAAAGGCUGGCUUGUUGACCGUACAAGAUCGUGCCGGUAUGAUUGCCGAUGCGGGCGCGCUUUCUGCUGCUGGUUACUCCAAGACCGACGGCCUUCUCUCUUUGUUGAAGUCUUUCGACACUGAGAGCGAAUUCGUCGUCUGGGAUGAGAUCGCUGCUCGCAUUGCCACCAUUCGGGGCGCCUGGACCUUCGAAGAUCAAAAAGUCAAAGACGCUCUCAAAGCAUUCCAACGUGAUCUCGUCAGCGAGAAGUCCCACCAAUUAGGCUGGCAAUUCUCCGACUCGGACGGCCACAUUGAACAGCAAUUCAAGGCCUUGCUCUUCGGCACCGCCGCCUCUGCCGGUGACGAGCAAACAAAGAAGGCUGCUUUUGAAAUGUUUGAGAAAUUCGCCGCUGGUGACCGCACCGCGUUACACCCCAACCUUCGCGCCAGCGUCUACUCAAUCGUCCUCCAAUACGGCGGCGUCAAGGAAUACGACGCCCUCGUCAAGGAAUACGAAACCGCCAAAGCCAGUGACGAGCGCAACGCUGCCCUCCGCUCCCUCGGCCGCGCAUCCCACCCCGAUCUCAUCCAACGCACGCUCGCCUACUCCCUUAGCAAGCAUGUGAAGGAACAGGAUCUCUACCUGCCUUUAUCCGGCCUGCGGUCCCACGUCGAGGGCAUUAACGCUCUGUACGACUGGUUCACCAGCAACUACGACCUCCUCCGCGAGAAAUUGCCCCCGUCUUUCACCCUGUUUGGCACGGUCGUCAGCAUGUCCACGUCUGGUUUCACGAAGCCUGAGCAACUUGCGAAGGUGGAGAAAUUCUUCGAGGGCAAGAGCACGAAGGGCUUUGAUCGCAAUUUGGCCCAGACCUAUGAUGCUGUUAAGGCGAAGAUCGGCUGGGUCCAGCGCGAUGCAUCUGGCGUGGAGAAGUGGUUGAAGGAGGAGAAAUAUCUUUAGAUAGAAGGUAAACUCUCGCACGUCGGCGCGAAUAGCUAGCUACUGCUAGAGAGCGAAAUGCAAGAUGAAAAAGCUGCAAUCCCGUUGUUGUUUCUGCUGACUCGUCAAUUCGUUCUCUCCUAGUCUCUAUCCUACGAAGUGCUGCUUCUCGUCAUUGUCUUCACGCCGUCAUGCGAGUCGUCACGCUGAAAAGAGAAAUUUCACGGCAGCUCGGUCUGAUAAACUACAUGAGGGUAUGACUUCAGCCGUCACUUUGAUCAGAUUGCUUCUCGUCUUGGAAAUCUAGAAAUCUCAAAACAAAAAAUGAAAUAUAAAAGAAUAUAUGCUUUGCAUUCAAAAUCAAACAAAAGAAGUCGCUAUCUCUCUUUCAACCAAUCCCUAACAAUCUUCGCAUCCAGAUGUGAAUACACACCAAUUCCUCCUCCUUCUACUCUUUU